AUGCCAACAGUGAAAGCAGACCUGACAGGACAUGUGAAGGCCACCCCAGAGAAGGGCUGGGGAAAAGGUGAUGGCAGUGGAAAGAAAGAGGACCUUGCCGAGCAGCGCCUCCUUCGUCGAGCAAGGCUUUCUCCAAAGCGGUUACCUGCAGCGACUGUAAAGUCAGAGCAGGGUCAGAAAGCUGAGGGGAGGGAGCCUCGCGCCAGGCAGCUACCGGCCAUCCAGGGGAGCUCCUUGAAGGAAAAGGAGGAGAAAGAGAAACAGAAACUAAUUCCUCUGGUCGAACCCCGAACAGUAGACUUCAUUGCCAGAGCUAUUGAGAGGAGAGAAAAGAAUAAACACUUGAAGAGGAAGGAGAAGCUUCCAGAACACAUCCAGAAAUACUUGGAUAAAGAGGAAAAGGAGAAAACAGAGCUGGCGGAGGAGGAAAAAAGUAAACUGCAAACCCGGCCAGUGACCAAAAAGAAGGCUAAGAGCGAAAAGGAGACGGUGAAAGCGAAAGCUAAGAGAGAAAAGGAGACACAGAGGAGCCAGGAAUCCAGUACCGCUGAGCAAGCACCAGUCAGCCCCUCAACUAGCACGGAGACGGGGGACUCCAGCCCCGACCUCCUGGAGACGAUGAUGGAGGAGUGGGAAGAGGCCAGAGGAGAGCCACCCACAGUCUGCGAGGACGACACUGUCCCCCCUAAGCGGAGCCUUUCCCCACGGACACGCCAGGCCCUGCGGCAGGUGGUGACGUGCAUCCUGGGGCAGGUCACCCGCAAGCGCAGGGGGCAGAGGGAUGACCAGACGGAUCUGCAGGACAAGCUCAAGUGCGAGCUGGCAGUGCUGCAGUGGCGUCGGUUGGGGCAAGAGGCAUGCAGCAGCCCACAGCUGCGGGAAGCUGGACCCCAACCUGCACCCCCUGCUAGGGCAGGGAAGAGGAGGGCAGGACCGGCGCAGCCCCGCGUGUGCACGGAGGAGGAAGGACGCAAGCUCUGGGACUCCUUGCGCAAGAAGUGCCAGCAGAAGGCAAGGGCAAAAGUGGCACCCCCGAAGGCUUGGAAAGACAAGCGAGAGCCAUGGGAGGCCCAGGUGCUGCAGGCGGUGAAAAACAAUGAGGAAAAGAGUAUUCCUGUCCUGCGGGGAGCCAAGGGCUCCUGCGUUCGUGGCACUCCAGAGUGGUGGGGAGAGGGCAGAAAAGGGCCAUCCGCGGGGGAUGAGGAGAGCCCAGAGGACAAGCUGAGUCUCUGCCUUUUGGAGUCCUCACCUCUGAAAAGCCCUGCGGAGCAGAUCUGGUCCACGUCGGCGAGUGCCAGGAGAGCCUCUCGGGCACAGAGGCUCCCGAGAGAGAUGUCCAGCAAGAGCCUCCUCCAGCAUGACGAGCGCCAGUGCCGGCCAGCCAGGCUGUUAACACCAAUGCUUCCGUCUGUUCAGUAAAGCCCCAUCUGCAAACCACUG